AUUUUUAAUAGUUUUAUUUUUUACCACGUUCCAUUCAUUCACGCAUGUAGUUAUGGCCAGUAUGAAGUGCAGUGAGGAUGUGUCUGUGGUCUGUGUGUCAGGUGGUGCGAUGCCUCAACAGUUACAGGCCUUCCAGGUUCACCCCAGUCCUCAAAGCAGUGACAGCAGUCCAGAGAUCAGCCAGACCUCCACCAGCUCCACUGCAAGCCACACCGCUACGAUAGUCACUUCCUCAGUGCCUUCUUCAGUGGCAGGUCACAUGAUGUACCCCGGAGCGCACGUCAUGUACGCUACAUCCACCCCUACCCUUGCCGACGGGGGUCUAACUGUGCUCAAUACCUUCCCACAAACACCCGCCGCGAUGCACAUGUCCCACACACAAGCCCAAGACUCAGGUGCAGUUCCUCAGAUGUUUUUCACAGGACCUCCUGGAACCGUACAGAUCCCAGUUUCAGCCGUUCCACUACAUUCGAUGUUGAUAAACCAGCAGCCCACCGGUAGCAGCAGCGCCACCCUCACGGAGCUGCGGGUGGUGAAUCUGGACAAUCCCAAAGGAGACUGACCCGUAACGCAGGAGGCCGGUGUGACCGUUCACUCGCACUGAUAUUCCAGGGAUCACUCAUGCCAUGCAGUCAGACUGCCAUUGUAUUUAUUACUGCCUUCUCGCUGCGUGGGACAUGCGUCAAUAAUGAGGUGUAACGGGACGUUUGAAGGAUGAUCACGUCUCCUCACGGACUCGUUUUGGUGGGUAGUGUGAUAAUGGAUGAUUUUUGUUCACGCGCAUCUAUACUUCAGGAUUUCAUAGAGACGUGUCUGCACUAUCGCUUCUGGGUCUUCACCUGUUUUUGCCGAGAGGUGUACGAUUAUGUUCACUUUCAGUAAAUUCAAAACCUCUUCGCUGUACAACAGUUGAAGGAUCUUCAGUUCAAUCUUUCUUUCUUUUGGGAAUGCCUCUCUUGAUCUGAUUUGUAAUUCGUUUUUCUUUUGAGGUAAAAAAUGGAUUCUUUCCAGAGUUUAUGUUGUGAAAUCAGCUCUUCGGUAUAGUUCCAAUGGCGGUAUGUGUGUUAUUUAUCG